GACAGCUGUCAAUGGUCACGUCUAUCUGUGAGCUGUGUUUGUUUUGGUUGAAUGAAAAAAAAGAUGCUUGAAUGCAGAAGAAUUUUUUAGAAAUCGAAAAAAGAAAAACAAAUUACGAGUGGUGUUUGUAAAGCGUGUUUAAUUGCAACAAUAAAAUAUGUAAUGUGUUAAACAAUUUGUAUAUAAAAUAUUUGGAAAAAUUAAAAAAAGUUGUAAUUGAAAAUGGCCAGCACAUUGAGUGAAAAAAUUGAAUCUAAAAAUGAUAUGACACAUACGAAUAGCUGCUGCAGCAACGUAGCUGAAAAACAAUGUAAUCACUUAAAAUAUUUUAAAGAAUUUCUACGUGAUUUGACGAAAGAUGCUGUGACUAAUGAAGGAGGCGGCGGUGAUGUAGUAGGUAGUGAAGGUGUAAAUGUAUCGUGCAAUGGUGGUGGUAGUGGCGGUGUUGAAUUACGUCCGUUUAUAUUGACGCGUUCUAAUAAUGAAAGUUAUGCAGUGGCUAAAGAUGAAUUGUCCGCUGAAGUCAUCAUGUGUAUAUGGCAAUGGCUUGUUGAGAAAAAAUGUCCAGAACACUUUCAAGUGGGUGUUGCACGUUUCGCCGAGGAAGAAAUUAAUAAAGAAUUAAAAAACAAAAAACUCCAAGAAGAUUUAAAAGCUACUGGUGGUAAACAAGUCGAAGAUACCUCUGAUCCAGCAGCACUUGAUUUGUUAAAGUUACAAAAAUAUAUUCAACAGCAAUUAGAUAAGGUGCUUCUGAGAUUGUGUGACAAUUCUAAAGAAGAUAAUUUAAAGAAUUAUGCCGAUUGUAGUCGAGAAACACUAUACAAGUGCAGUGAGUCCGCUUCAAGCAGCCACACGCCAUACGUAGAAGCACAUGUCAAAAAUAAACCCCGCAAAAUGGAGGAUCGUCAUAUUUGUUUGCCACAAUUUAGUAACAUAUAUCGACUUGAAAAAUCCCUUAGUUUCUAUGGUGUUUUUGAUGGUCACUCUGGCUCUUUAGCGGCCACAUAUGCUAUUAACCAAAUUCCCUACCGUGUCGCUCAACAGUUGAAUACUAUGCAUAAUUCAUCUACUCUAGAUAGCGAUUGCUAUAGAGAUGCUUUGGAAACUAGUUUUCUGCAAGCUGAUCAUAAUUUCUGUCAGAAACAAUUGAGUAGUGGCACAACAGCAGUUUGUGCUCUGCUAUUAAAGGAUGGCGAUGAAAAUUUCAAACACUUAUACGUUGCUUGGGUAGGGGAUUCAAGAUGUCUUUUAGUUUCACCAACAGUGCACUUACAAUUGGUCAAACCACACAAACCGGACUCGGCAGAUGAAAAGAAACGCAUAGAAUCAACUGAAACUGGUGGUUCGGUUAUAUUUGUACAGGGUCAAUGGCGCGUUAAUGGUAUCAUCAAUGUAUCACGUUCCAUUGGCGACUAUACCGUUAAGGCCGUUAUAGCCGAACCUGAUAUUGUAGAUGUACCACUACAACCUUCACAUGAUUUUUUGCUAUUAGGCUCAGAUGGUCUUUGGGAUCAUGUUAAUGAAAAGGAAAUUGUCGAUUGUGUAUACAAGUCCCUUGCGGACAAUGAGCAAUGUUUGGAGGAUAUACCCAAACAUUUGAUUGAAUUAGCCAAAAAGGGCGAUUCACAAGACAAUAUUACAGUUGUUUUAGUUUUGCUCAAAGAGCGUCAAAAAAUUAAAGAACACUUUACAAAAAGUUUAAAUAAAUCUUCGUAAUAGCUACCUAUGAAUAUCGAACAAUCAUUUCUUAAUGUAAUAUUUUAAAAAAUAUACAAUAUAUAAAAAUUCGUAAUAGUUACGAAAGCCGUAGUAUUAUACCACUAUUUUGGCAAAAUAACUUAUUUAGAAAAUAUCUUCAUGUAUGUGUGUCAAAAUAAAUUUCAUUGAAACAUUUUUGUCCUUCGUUUCGUUGUAUUUUAAGAGAAUACAAUGACCACAGAUAAAGGUGAUCCUAAAUAAUCUAUGUGGUAUAGAGAUUAAAAAUUAUGAUUUUUUCAUAAAUGUAAGUUCCACAAAUACUUUUGAUCGGUACUGGUCCAAAUAAGAAGUUUUGCCAAAAUAAAUUCCUAUAUCUAUACAAUAAAUAAAUAAUUCCUUCUCUGCUACAACCUAAUAUUACGGUCUAGAAUUCAAACCUUUUGUUUAAAGAUGCAGAAAUAAAAUUAAAAACUAUUUCGUUUUAGAACAAAAACAAUAUAUAUUAAUAAUUGAAAUUAAUGUAACAAAAUAUUGGAUGAAACGAAAUUUGUUUAACAAAAAAAAUGCAAGUAUACAAAAUUAAUUUAGCUUCAAAAUACUGUGCCUACAAAUAAAAUAAUUGUGCAAGAAUAUUUUUAUUAUAUGUGUGUAUUAUUAACACAAUAUUUAAUUAGUUUUUCUAUAAAAAUUUAAUUCAUAGUUUAUUAACUGCAAAGAAAUAUUUGAUGUUCAAAUGGUAUUUCAAUAUUUCAUUUGAUCUAGUUAGUUGAUAUUUUAUAACUAUUUACUAACCACAAAACCCUUAAGUUCAAUUUUAUUUUGUUUUUAUAAUAAAAUUUUAUAUAGAGUUUAAAAUGUUUCGUAAAAUUGUACAUAAACCAAAAAAAAAAAUAUAUAUAUAUAUAUAUAUAUAUCUGUAUGUUUUAA